AUGAUAGAUGAAAAUCAGGAAACCAAAAUAAAUAAAAUACAGAGAGAUGAUAGAAUCAACUCAAUAGAACGAAUUCGUCAUUUUUUAAAGACUAUCUUAAUAUUGGAUAUAAACUAUCCAAGUGACAAUGGAAAUAAUAGAAGUCCAAAUGGAAUUUUAUUAGAAAGUAUCUAUAGGACUGUAAUAAAUAUUUGUAGCUAUGGAGGAUAUAGCGACUUACUGAGAUUAUUGGAAGAUGAAUGUAAUAUAGCAAUAGCCAAUAAUACGAAACUAAUUUUGAAUCAUGAUCUAGUAAAGAAAAUAAAUGGAAAUAUUUACAAAGAAAAAGGGGGAAUUGAAGACUUUUUAAAUAAGUUAAUUGGAACGGAAUAUGAUAAAGAUUUUAAGAUGCUAUCCAAAGAUUUCUUGGAUAUAUUAAUGAGAGUAUGGCAAUACCAUCUCAGAUCUAUGGAUUUGUUAUGUAAUGUAUUCUUAUACUUAGACUGUAUGUAUAUACGAUUUAAUUCUAGAUUAUUGGGGAUUUCUAAAAUUAGUGAUAUAGGGGAUAUAUGUUUUUCAAGGAUAAUUAAUAAUAAAUAUCCAGGUAACUUUGAUUAUUCAUCAUGCCUUAUUGGAAUUAUAGCAACUACAAUAAGUACAAUCAAUAAUUAUCGUGACAUAUUUGUAAAUGGAUCAAAAGGUGAAAUUAUAUCUUUAAAUCAGCUUAAAUCGUUUAUUUGUAUUAGGAAUAUUUAUGAUUUACUAGUAAAACUAGGUUUCUUUAUACCUAAAUUUACUCCAUUAUAUAAAAUAAUGACUGGACUAUAUUACAAAUCUAAAAUGAAUAUAAAACUAAAGGAAAUGAAAUUUUGUGAAUAUAUCAGAUUUGUUGAUAGAGUUUGCCAAUUUGAAAUGAAUUUAUUGGGUUGUAAAAAUAACAAUCACAGUAAUACUAUACAGACUUUAGAAGAAAUUGACUAUUCAUUAAUAAAUUUGAACAAAGUAAAAUACUGUCUUGUAAAAGAUGAAAUCCAGAAUUCAGCAAAAGAUAUAUAUGUAAUUUUAAUAAAUACACUUAUUCCCUGUGACUUAAUAAAGAUAUUUGAAGAUAAGCAUGUUAUAAAUAAUAAUUUUAAUGCAAACAACAGCUAUAUUUACAAAAAUCCUUUAUGUUACUUAAUAGAUAAUGUUGAUACUGAUGCAUUUUCUAUUUUAUAUUUGACUUUUAAGAAAGUAGGAAAAUUGAAUAUAUUAAAGAAAGAAAUGAAUAGAGCUUUGAUUGAAAUGGGAAGGAAAAUUUGCAACACAUCAUUGGAUACUGAUUUUAAUGCUGAUGUAGAUAUUAAAUUAUGUUUGGAAAUGAUAACUUUAUUAGCACAUUUAUAUAAGAAUGUGGAGAAGAUAUGGGAAAUUUCACUUUGUAAAGAUGAAGAUAUUCAUUACUCAUGUAUAAAUGACUCAUGGAAUUAUAUUAUGAAUUUAGAUGAUGGAAUAUCCCAAUAUUUAGCCCACAAUCUUGCACUAUUCUUACAUAACUCAUUAUUGGAAUAUUAUUACAUGGAUAUAGAACAAAAAAAAAGUUGUACUGUAAAUAUACAAAAUAUGGAUAUAUCUUUAUGGAAUACAGCAGAAAUUGAAAAAGAAAUAUUAUGUGAUGAGUCAUAUAUUAGUACAAAGAAUAAAAUUAAUGAUGUAAUAUUACUAUUCCGUUUUUCUAACUCUAAAGAUGAUUUUGAGAUUUAUUGUAGGAAAUAUUGGAUGCGGAGAUUAUUAAAUAAUUGCAUCAUUUUAAGAGAUGACUUUAAUAAGAAAAAUAUAAUGAUGAAUAAGAAUAAUUUUGAUACUAACUAUGACACAGUUAAUAACUAUAUAAAUGAUAUUAAUAGUCAGAAAUUACCAAUAUUAGAAAUAUAUUUUCUUGAACAAUUAUACAAGGAAUGUGGUAUUGGAUUUAUUGGUAAACUAAAUUUUAUGUUAAAAGAUUAUGUUACAUCUUCUGGUUUAUUUAAAUUUUUUUUAAAAUAUAAAGAUAUGAUAGACUUAGACGAUGAUAUCAUAGUAAAAAGUGUGGAUUCCUGGUUAAAAUGUGAUUCUAUUGGAUAUAAUAUUAGUGAUAAUAAUGAUGAAAAUGAGAGGAUUCCAGUUAGAAAAUAUAGAAAAAUAGAAAGGAAUGAUAAUUUAACUAAAUAUUUUGAGUCUGAUCUAUUAAAUUAUAGAAUACAUGUAAUUGCAUCAUCUAACUGGCUAAUACCAUCACAGUAUAUAUCUAUUGAUAAAAUAUUAAGAAAUAAUGGAGAAGAUUCAAAUUAUUUAAUUUCUACUCUUAAUAAAUUUGAGACAUUUUAUAAAUUAGUAUAUAAUGGUAGAAAUAUUCAAUGGUCUUCUAUAUUAGGAAUUGCUACAAUCGAAGUGAAGAUUUUUGAUCAAUGUAUAAAAUCGAAUUUGGGAAAAAAGAAUCUUGAUUAUUUUAAAAUUGAGAUUAUUACUACAUUACAGCAAGCUUUAAUAUUAUUAAAUUUAAAUGAAAAAGACAGUAUAAUAAUUCCAGAAGAGGAAGAGAAAUUAUUGAUUCGACAUUUGCGUGGUUUACUAAAAACUUCAAAAUUGUAUUUAAAUAAAUGUAGAAGUGGGGGAACUUAUGUAAAUGAUGAACAAAUUAAGAAUGAUGAGAUAUUAUUACCUCCAAUAUUAAUUAAUAUAAAGGAUACUAAUAAUUCUGAAGGUUUUAAAAAAGAUGCUAUUUAUAGAUUGAAUGAAGAAUUCACACUCGAAUUAAGAAAUUUAUAUACAAAUCAUAAAUAUGAAAUGGGAGAUUUCGUUUUAAUUUAUUCAGUAAGUCAACCAUAUAAUUGUAUUAGUAAUAAUUUACAUAUGUUUGAAAAUUGUGAUUUGAAUGAAGAGCACGACAUGUUAGAUAAAGAAGAUGAAAAUAAAGAAGGUAAAGAUAAUAAAAGUUUGAAAAUUAAAAAUAGCAUGAAAAGUACAGCACUUGAAUUAAAGUCUGUUAGUCUCGAAAAUAGACAACAUAGAAUAGAAGCAAUUAUUAUCCGCUAUAUGAAGUUUAAGAAUAAAGAAAAUAAAAAGGAUAUUAUUCAAUAUGUUAUUGAUAACUUAUUCCAAAAUAGUGAAAAUUAUGAACCUUCAGUUACAAUUAAAAAGCAGGUAACUCAAGAAAUAAUUUCAAAAUUAGAUUUAUUAGUACAGCGAGAAUAUCUACAACAAGAUAUAUUAGACAAUCAGAUGUACAUUUAUCUACCUUAA